ACGGUGCAGAUUGCAACCGUCGAACGAACGUAAAUUGGUGACUGUGUGAUAAGAAGUUUCGCGACACCAAAUCGGUCGCAAGUGUGCAAAUGUUUACGCGGUCGCAUGAUGAAGAUUGUUUGUGUUAAGAUUGUGAAGAGGUUCUGGAAGAAAUUCGCCGUGGACCACUACUCGUCUUAUUUGUUUCAUCUUGAAUAUCGAAAUUAGGAGCCUGGAGUAAUUGUCCAAAAUGACGGACGCCGUUUCCCAGCACAUGCUGUCGACGGUGGACGUGGGCGAGAAAAUCGUGUUGGGUUUGGGGGUCGCUGAUGUUGGGGCGGCCAUGCAAAAAUUCGGAUGGGUCGACUACGUGAUGUUCAUGUGCAUGCUGCUGAUGUGCAUGGGCAUCGGAUUGUACUACGGUUUGCUCCACACGUCCAACACCGCCCAAGACUACUUGAUAGGUGGCAGGGCCAUGAAGGUUUUUCCUGUGGCCAUGUCCCUGAUUGCAAGUUGGGUGAGCGGAAUAUCACUAUUGGGCAUUCCUACUGAGAUUUAUGUUUAUGGAGUGCAAUAUUUGUACAUAACAGGUGGCUUCAUUAUAUCAGCAAUUAUUUUUAGUUAUGUAUUUUUACCAGUAUUUCAUGGACUCUCGCUGACUUCAAUAUAUGAAUACCAAGAACUGAGAUUUGAUAAAAAGGUGCGACUUUUUGGUUCAAUUCUGUUUACUAUUGGUUUGAUCUCCUGGCUACCCUUAGUAAUAUAUGUUCCUGCUUUAGCCUUUAACCAAGUGACUGGAGUUAACGUCCAUUUAAUCACACCAAUCGUCUGUAUUAUCUGCAUAUUUUACACUUCCAUGGGAGGAAUAAAGGCCGUUGUUUGGACCGAUGUGAUCCAAAUUAUUGUGAUGUUUGGCUCAAUUUUCCUAGUGAUCAUCAAAGGUACCAUAGACACAGGCGGAUUUAGUACCAUUAUCGAAAGAAACUUAGAAAGUGAUAGAAUAGAGGCGCCAAAUCUAGAUUUGGAUCUGCAUUCCCGACAUACGUUGUUAGCAUUAACGAUAGGAGGUUUCAUACAUACUCUCAACUCGUCAGCUUUGAAUCAAAAUAUGACCCAAAGAUACUUAUCACUGCCCAGCAUUAAAUCAGCCAGAAGGAGCCUUUGGAUAUUCACAUUUGGGACAAUUUUAAUAAUACUUCUGUCAGGGUACGCAGGAUUACUUCUUUUUGCAACCUAUCACAAGUGUGACCCAUUGACAACCAUGUUAGCCAGAGAAAAAGAUCAGCUCCUGCCGUUAUUAGUAAUGGAAAUUCUCGGUGAUUUUCCUGGAUUACCCGGAAUAUUUGUGGCAGGAAUAUUCAGUGCAGCCUUAAGCUCUCUUUCCACUGGUCUUAAUGCGAUGGCAGCAGUAUUUUUAGAAGAUUUCUACAAGCCGUUUGCCAAGAAUGGUGUCAGCGAAAAAACAACUUAUUAUAUUAUGAAAUUAACUGUUAUAAUCCUCGGCGCAAUUUGUGUGGCAUUAGUUUUUAUUGUGGAAAAACUCGGAGCUGUUUUACAACUUACCAUGAGUUUUGGAGCAAUUUCAUCUGGCCCAUCACUGGGAAUAUUUACUAUGGGUGUACUUUUACCAUGGGUUAAUGCCAAGGGGGCACUGAUUGGCGGCAUAUCCGGUUUAUCUUUCAUGUCCUGGUUAUGCAUACGAGCACAAUCACUGAUUGCGUCAGGCGAUUUGACGUUUCCAGAGAAACCGGUUACAACCGAGGGCUGUCACUAUCAUUUCACCCCCAAACAUUCAGUACCACUUUUAAACCUUCACCUGGAUCCACUCGUGAACAUCACCAAUGUAACACACACGGACGAAAAAUUUAUGAUAUAUCGAUUAUCAUAUUUAUGGUAUGCAACUAUGGGAGCUGGAAUUACCAUUAUUGUCGGUCUCCUCGUAAGUUUGAUCUCUAAACCGACUGAUCCUAGGGACUUAGACCCACAAUUAUUGGCCCCGUGUUUGCGGAAGUGGAUCAAACCUAGGGAGUUUCCGAAUGAACCGGGAGACGGGAUUAUAUACGCUUAUGGAUCUAAAGAUCUUAACACAUUUGAUAACAGUGAGUUACAUUUGGAGAAAAUAAAAAGACAAGAUGAGAUUCUUAUUAUAAAUUUUUAAAAAACAUUGUUCAUCAAAUUUACAGCCGCUUAGUGAAAUUCCAUUCAUAUAAAACUUUCUCUGACAAUGAUCUACAUAAAGCAGUAAAAAAAUUGAACAAUUAUGAUUGCAACAUAGUCCCACAUUAAAUACUACUCUAUGAAAACAUACUACCAUACCUUCGAUAGCUCAGUUGGUAGAGCGGUGGACUGUAGUUUGUAUUCAUGAAAUAGUCAUCCAUAGGUCGCUGGUUCAAAUCCGGCUCGAAGGAAACUUUUUAUGAAAUCAUUAAUUGAGCCUCAUGUUAAUCCCAAUAGUUGUUUUUAUUGUCUCUGUUACUUUUGAUGCUACAUAAAAUUAGUUUUACCUAUUGUUGAAGUAUAAUUAAAAUCACGUGACGACAAAAGACAAAUUUUAAAAUUCAACAUACAUUUUAAUUUAAA